AUGGCAUGGCUAUGGAACUCAAUGGUUCAAGAAAUUAGCGAUACAUGCAUGUUCCUAACUUCUACAAAGGCUAUAUGGAAUGCAACAGAGCAAACCUACUCUAAGGCAAAGGAUACUGCCCAAAUUUAUGAGGUGAAAGUAAAAACAAUGGCAACCAAACAAGGCACUAAAACUAUCACAGAAUAUGCUAAUCAACUAAAAUCUUUAUGGAUGGAGUUAGAUAAUUACAGGGUCAUAAAGGCCAAGUGUUAUGAGGAUUCAACAAUUCUAAGAGAAUACAUAGAACAAGAUAGGGUGUAUGAUUUCUUGGUAGGCCUAAACCAAGAAUAUGAUCAAGUCAGAAUCCAAAUAUUAGGCAAGGAGAAGGUUCCUGAACUCAAUGAAGUAAUGGCAAUUAUUCGGAGUGAAGAAAGUAGAAGAAGUCUAAUGAUAGAGACCCCAAUUGAGGAUAAUUCAGCAAUGCUUAUUGAAGGAGCAACAGUCAUGGUUGCAGAACAAAAAAAAGUAGGUCCUCUUCCAAGAACAGAGAAGAAAAAUGAAGGAGUUUGGUGCACCUAUUGCAACAAGCCACGUCACACAAGGGAUAAAUGCUGGAAGUUACAUGGAAAACCUCAAAGUAAAGAUUGGGGACACAAAGGAGGCCUUCCAAGGAGAGGAGGGCAAGCUUAUGUUGCUACUGGUCCUGAAAGUCAGGAAUGA